UAGCAUUCAGGAUGAAACAUGUUAGCAAGUACCUGAAGUAACUGAGCUCUGUCUUGUUUUUGUUUCCUUAUAUCUUCGUGAAUUCACCACAUCAGUGAUCGACUGGAGUCAUGCUGCCUCUGAAGGAGAAAGAUAAACCCGUGGUCCAGAAGCUUCUGUCGGCCGGCUGCUGCGCUCGCUGCGUCCUCAGGUUCUGCUGCGUGAGCGUCCAGGCCGCCUACAGGAAGCCCCACCAGGAAACACUCAAAGAACUUCAAGCGUUCAUCGGGAACACAGAGAACGGCAAAUCCCAAGAUUCAGUAGCAGCAGAUUCCACAGAAGAAAACAACAAAUCCCAUGAUGCAACAGUACCAGAACCAGCUGAUGAACCAGCCGAUGACCCGCCGAGCAAAAGAGCGAAACUGGAGCUCAGCGGGACUGAAGCUCCGUCAGAGGAAGCCGCUGCCGAGGAGAAACUGACGGAGGAGCCGAGUGUGUGUGUGGUGUGUUUGGGAAUCCUACAGGAACUCUGUGGCACGUCUCAGGCCGUGAAGAUAGCGGAGAAGGUGAAGGCAGAAAAUUACGAGUUUGAAACUCUGGUUCUGUCUGUGUCUCUGCCCGCUCAGCUGUGUGUCCGCGAGCACUCCUGUUGGCUGCAUGUGAAGAAGGAGUUGAGGGAGAAGAGCAUGGCGGUGGAUAAGGACGACGUGGUGCAGGUGAAGGAGGCCUUCAAGUGGGUCCUGCAGGGUCUGGUCGCCAAGGAGAUCGGCGGUGUCGCUGUGGUUGCCAGGAGUUUGUUUGAGAUCUCUGUGGGGUUCAUCCACAAGGAGACGGACGCUGACUGCCACUUCCUAGCGACAACGUGUGCUGACUGCUUCAGACCCACCAAGAACAAACAGUCGGUGUUCACCAGGAUGGCGGUGGUCAAAGCUCUGGAAAAGAUUUCUGACACCAAAUUUCUAACACAUUUCGCUUGUCCACCAGCGAGGCCGACCAGCAGCUGCAGCUCGCAGGACGUCCAGUGCCUCCACCAGUGUGUGUUUGUAGCAGGGAGGUACAACAAGUACAGCCGCAGCCUGCCUCAGACUCCCUGGGUGAUCGACGGUGAGCGGAGGAUGGAGUCGUCGGUGGAGGAGCUGAUCGCUGAGUCGGUCCUCUCCUCCUUCAGAUCUGAAGGGUUUAAUUUCUCCUCGUCUGGCAGAGAGGAUGUGGACGUCCGGACUCUGGGAACCGGUCGUCCGUUUGCGAUGGAGCUGCUGAAUCCUCACAGAUCCAAACUGAGCCGAGCGGAGAUGAAGCUGCUGCAGGAGACAAUCAACAAUUCUUCAGACAAAAUCAAAGUGAGAGACCUGCAGAUUGUGUCCAGGGAGGCCAUGGGGAAGAUGAAGGAGGGCGAGGAGGACAAAACCAAGUCGUACACGGCGCUCGUCUGGACCCUGAAACCCAUUCAGAGUGAAGACAUCGCCUUCAUGGACGACAUCAAGGAUCUGACUCUGGAUCAGAAGACUCCUCUGAGGGUUUUGCACCGGCGGGCGCUGGCAGUCCGUCCUCGAGUCGUUCACAGCAUGAAGACUCGCUUCCUGGACUCGCAUCACUUCUACCUGGAGAUGAAGACGCAGGCCGGCACUUACAUCAAAGAGUUCGUCCACGGAGACUUCGGCCGCACCAAACCGAACCUCUGUGAGCUGCUGAAAACAGACACGGACAUCCUGGAGCUCGACGUGGAGUCUGUGGAUGUGGACUGGCCUCCGUCUAUCCCAGAGUGAGAGUCCUGGUUCUGAGCUGUGAGAACGGACCAAUUCUGUUUCUGUGUGGAACCGUUGUCCCUGAACGCACCACGAAACGUCCCCAGAGAGUGAGACUGAACAGCUGUUUGAGAGGUGAAGAGGAAGCAGCACCUACCAGCUGCAUUUUCAUCAAAACUCCAGGGACUGCUUCUUUAGUUUUAUCACAGAAAAUGUUCAAUCACACUUUCUAGUGAUCAUCUUUACAGCUGGUUGUCGUUUGAAAAUGUACAACACCAGCACAAGUAGAGUUCUUUAUUUGAUUCCUUUUUAUUUCUACUUUAUUCGAUACCCAUCAUGUGAGUUUAAAGCACAUUGAACACAGGUGUGGAGGUUUUAUUACUACCUGGUACAGGGUUAUUUCACCCAGCCCUAGUUUCUCUGUUGUGAUUAUUUUCUGUAACAAGACUGUAAGUGUAAAGCCUUGAUAGCAGUCCUGUAAAACCUGCAUUAAAUGCCAGAUUUGAUUUUGA